CGAUAGUUCACCUGUCAACAUGGCACCAGUCACGCCAGGGAUCGACUUGUGAAGGCUGAAAAUGCAUGAAAAUUGAAGAUAAGGUGGCAAAUCUUGACAGUCAUGCAGCCACUGGGUAAGGCUGAUCUGGGCGUGUCUACAUUCUAUGCUGCAGCUCACCCACAUGACCAGUGUGGGGCAGAUGGACUUCCCCUUACCCCUAACUCCAUUAAGAUCCUGGGCCGUCUACAGAGGUUGAAGGCACUCAGCCAUCCUAGGCUCUGCCAGUAUGUGGACGUUGUCAGGGGAAAGCAUGAGAGAGUUAUGGUUGUCUGUGAACAUUACAGAAGCAAUGUGCAGUUGGAAGCAGAGAAAGGAACUUUUAAAAACUGGUCCAAUGUAAUACAGCUAAUCUAUGAGGUUCUCGAGGGACUUGCUUACUUGAACAGCCAUGGUCUCGUUCACAGGGCCUUGUCACCAGCAAAUCUUCUUCUGGACACAGAGGGUCAUGCCAAACUAGCCAAUCAUGGGCUAUAUUACAUGACAGAGUACGCUGCCUGUGUCUCUUUCCCUAUUGGUCACCCUCGAUACAUGGCCCCAGAGGUCUUAGCCACAGGCCCAAUUCAGCAAGAUGAGUUUGGCUCAACCCCAAUCCCAUCUGGUCCCAAAGUGGAUAUCUGGUCGCUAGGCAUCAUCAUCAUGGAGAUCUGUCUGGGCAUGGAACUCUGGUCAUCCUGUACCCUGCCACAACUUAUCUCUAAGGUGCUGUUGCUAGGGAAACAUAGCAAUGGGAUCCAUUCCUUGGAGACCAUCUUGAGAGAGCAUGGAACACAGAACAAGUUCCAGGAGCUUCCUGACUCCUUACAGAGCUUUCUCAGGCAAUGUUUAACAGUAUCCCCUGAUAAAAGACCAAGUCCAUCUGAACUUCUUGUCAGCGAUAUGUUCAAAGAGUAUGAUGCUUGUAAGCUGUACCCCAAGAGCAGUAUGACCAUGUUCCAGUACCCAGGCCUUAGGAGUGAGGAUCUACAACUUGACAAGUACAUAGAGACUGUCAGAGAAGAAUCCACUGAGGAUCACCUUGAAUUGAGGUCCCUAGCUGAGGUGUACUACCUGUGGGGUCUAGCAGGGGGUGACCUAGAAGCUGAACUCAGAAAGAAAGGCUUACUUCGAAGCAGCCCACCCAUUUGUAACUUAGCAGAUUUGUUGACUGAGUGCGGUGAUGUUAUUGGUCUGGAAAGAGACAGUAGCUCUCUCUAUGACGAUACAGUGGUCACACUGUCCAUGACGCAGCUCAAGACACGAAUGGAAAACAUUGAUGACACAGCCUUCUACCCUCUACUAGAAGAUGAGAAGAACCCAGUGAACCUACCGACAUCUCCAAGCACCAACGGAUUGUCAGAGACAGCUACUCUCCCACUCAUCAUUAGAGAGAAAGACAUAGAAUACCAAUUUCAUCGUGUCGUCUUGUAUGACCGGCUGCUACGUGGCUACCCAUACACUAUCGGUCGUAUUUUCCGCGAGUCACGGAUUGACACACCACCAUUAUACAGGGCUGAGGUGUGGGCAGCAUUGCUAGCCAUAGAGGGAGAUUUCCAAGCUGUGUAUGACAGCAUCGACAAGGAAACACCCACAACCACAGACCGACAAAUAGAGGUAGACAUCCCACGCUGUCACCAAUACAGUGAACUCCUCUCAUCCCCUGAGGCGCACCGCAAAUUCAAGAGGAUUCUCAAGGCCUGGGUGGUGUCACACCCUCACCUGACUUACUGGCAAGGUCUGGACUCGCUCUCUGCCCCAUUCUUAUUCCUUAAUUUUAACAAUGAAGCUCUGGCCUAUGCUUGCCUGUCCGCUUUCAUCCCAAAGUACCUGUAUAAAUUCUUCAUGAAAGACAACUCAGCCGUCAUACAAGAGUACCUUGCAGUGUUCUCCCAUUUGAUAGCCUUCCAUGACCCUGAGUUGAGUAACCACAUGAACAGUAUUGGGUUUAUACCAGAGCUAUAUGCCAUUCCAUGGUUCCUGACGAUGUUCUCACAUGUCUUCCCUCUGCACAAGAUCUUUCAUCUGUGGGAUACCCUGUUGCUAGGCAACUCAUCCUUUCCACUGUGCAUUGGUGUUUCCAUCCUACAGCAGCUGAGAGCUAGCCUGUUAAGCUUUGGCUUUAAUGAGUGCAUUUUGUUGUUCUCUGACAUGCCCGAAAUUGACAUUGAGAAAUGUGUGCGUGAGUCCAUCCGCAUCUUUUGCAACACACCUAAGAGUGCUACCUACAGACAGCAUGCUAAACCACCACGUAGACCCGACCAAGAGAACCCAGUUACCUCUCAAAUCAAGCCUGUCUCCUACUACAGUACUGAUUAUAAUGAUGUUCCUUUGUCAGAGUUGUCUCGUGAGCCACUGAGUCUGGCAGAAUUGAAGACUGAAGUCAGUCCACGCAUCUCUGCUGAGGAUCUUCUGGAGCUGUGUGACCUUAAGCCUGGUUCCACCCCCGGCUCACGCUCACCGACGAAGAAGAACAGGGCCAGUCGGCCGCUUAUUCUGACUGUGGAUGUACGCAGCUCAGAAGACUUUGUGCGUGGUAACAUUCCAGGCAGUGUAAAUAUUCCCUUCAAUCAGGCGUUUUCACCGGAGGGUGACUUGGUACUCUGCAAGGCCGUCACCUUGCUGAACAACCACAAAGGCAGAGUGGUGGUAGUUGUUGGCAACAGAGGAAAGAAUGCAUCCAAUUUUGCAACACAGCUUGUCAGGCUGGGAUUCCCGAAGGUGUGUGUGAUGCAUGGUGGGAUUGAAUGCCUACGACCAACUGGUAUCUUGGCCGUCUCCUCCCCUGACCUUGUAUAAAGUUCAAGAUUACAAAAAAACAAUUCCCUGUUUAAAUCAUACAGAUAAUCAUUAAUUUUUGUUAUUUUCUGAAAUCAGCUCAAGCACUUGAGAACUGACAGCUGAAUAUCAAAUCUUCCUCAACUGAUUUUGAAGAGUUUUACUGUUUUAUUUUAUUGUCAAAAUCUGUUCUCUACAGCUAUAUUUUUAUCAGUUCUUGUGAGAUCACCUUUUUACUCAUGCAGCAGAGUUAUAUAAAAUUUACACAGGUUGUACUUGUAGCAUUAUUUUUCAUUUUUUUUGCGCUUGGAUAAUCAUGGAGCUUACGUAGUUAAGUUUGAAGUUCAAGAGGCUGUGUAGCAGUCUUUGAAAGUUCACCAGAUAAGGUAUACUGGUUGUCCAUGUGAUGCCAAAGCUGGAAAGCGUGGCUCAAUUGUGGACAUCAUUAUGUAUUCACACAAACAGUUACUUCCAUUUGCUGAAAAUGCACACAUAUGGUAGUAGGUACUUCAAAAAAGGUCACCUAAAUGAAUGAAGUAAGGAAUGCUGGGUGAAGAUUGAACUAUCAACAGUGCAACUGGCAAUCAGCCAGUAUCAUAUGAAAUAUAUACAUGUGGCAGUCAGAUUAACAAAACAGCAUUAUGUUGGUGUAAACAAAAGAGAGUGCCUUAUACUGCAUUUUAAAGUGUUUUAACAAUUAUUAGUCGAUUCUAGAACUGUGACUUGUCCAUCUGCAUUUUUUGUUUUUAGAUUUAAGUGUAAUGAAGGUGACAGAUGCUAGCUAGGAAAUUCAACCUCCCUCAAAUUAUUUGCAGUUCUACUUGUACCUUUUCUCAUAAAAUUUUCUGUAAAAUUUUGGACAGCAGUUAUUUUUAUUCAAAUUAUUGUCUGAUUUUAUUUUGUGGAAUAUUCAUAUUGAAUUUAAAAGAAAAGAAAUGUAAAUGCUGGAAAGUUCACCAGUUAGUUCAAUGUGUAGGGUUCAGCUUUUGGUCCAUGGAUAAUUUUCCCAGAGUUUUGGGGAAAAUCUCGAAGAGAACCCUGCAGUUUGUGUUUUGGCCUGUAGAGGUGGAUUUCGGCUUGACAGUAAUGCUCAAGAUUGGUCUUGCAUUAAAUGUACUUCAUUGUUAAUCACCACAUGUUGAAUUAUUUUUCCCUUUCAACACAUGUCAGGGAUCCACAGCUGCAAUGCAUCCUAAAUUCUGUAUAUUGUAAACAUAUAUGAUGAUGUCUGUGUUAGACUAAUUAUGUUGAACCAAAGAGUGUAGGUCACCAAAGUCAUCAUGUGUAUCAAGACUUAUACACCAAUAAAAGAUUAAGUGUAGGUCUCAUAAAAUUACAUUACAUGUAUACGUAUCAUCAUGGAACUGAAUGUUGCUUUGUAGAUAAGCAUUAAUGUCACUUCAUACAGACUUUUUGUGCAGUAUCUGCAUGAAAUAUUCACCCACUCCUUCAGAUAAGAGUCCUUCUUGUAGUGAAUUUCUGCUUCAAACUGCAAGCAAACUUUCUAAUAACAAUCCUCGAAGAUUAAUAAAGAAACAGUAAAACCAGCUGGAAACAUGAUCUUAGUAUAUAUUAUGAAAUGACACUUAUCAUUAUACCAAAUUCAAGGUGUGAAAAGAGGAAAAGACUUAGUUUUGCCAUU